UCUUAUUUUAUUCUCAUGUUAAUUCUUCAAUCAUCAUUUGGCUUUAUUGACAGUAAUGUGACGGGGCAGUAUGAGUCUUGUGACAUGUAUGACUAUAACUACUCCCACGCGGCAGUUCUUGGUUAUGAGCAAAGCAUUCGCGACCCUGACCGCCUGCUGUUACAAGUGGACACCUAUGAAGACCACAAGAAGACUGUCCCGUGUCGUGCUCGUUACUUCAACUCGACUUACUCCUCUACUGUCACUCAGUGGGACCUGGUGUGUGAGCGACGACCUCUCUACUCCACCACCUUCUCUGCCUCCCACUCCAUCCGCUUCAUCAGCUCUGUGUUCCAGGGACACCUCCUUGACACGUUCGGGCGGAGGCGAUGUGUGGUUGUGUGCGCAUGUCUUUUUACAGUCUGUGGCUUCCUGGCUGCUGUGGCCCCAACACUUCAACUUUAUCUGGCUCUCCGUGUCCUUAUCUCAAUCUUUGACAACUAUGUCUACAUCGGCUGCUAUAUUCUCGGACUGGAGGUGUACUCGAGGAAGCAGCGAUCCAUGAUGGGUAACCUUUUUGCUGUGCCCUGGGCGGUGGGCUACAUGGUUCUCCCUGGCAUAGCUUACCUAGUGUAUGACUGGUACUGGCUCCAGGCUGCCCUCACACUGCCUGCCAUCUUCAUGUUCUCCUAUUUCUGGUAA